AUGGCGAAAUUUAAGCUGCGGAUCUUUCAGUCAUGCAGAUCAAAAGACCCUUCGGACCUGCCGGAGCAUCCCGUCCCGGCGUUUCAACGUCACAACAUCUUCACCGUCGAUUACCCACCAACCACCGCACAGCUGCCGAUCUCUAAGCAUCAACCACAUCGCUCUUCCUUCAAAAGCCACGUCUCCUCCGCCUUCGGAUGUGGCUCCAAAUCCGGUGACCAGUCUGACUCCGAAUACUUCCAGUGGCAAGAGGACGAGCAAUGGCAUGUUGUCGCUAAAAUAUACGACGCGGAGUCCCCUCGCCGGAAAAUAUACAACUCCUCCGUCUCCGGUGGUGAUACCGACGAUGACCGUUUUGCGUUGCCGUUACUACCAUUGCCUCCGGUGGACAAAAAGAAAAGACGUCGGGGUAGAAGAGCGAAGGUAAACAGAUUAAGAAACAUCAGCACAUCCUCCGGUGAUAGUGGUCUUUUUAGCAGCGAGUAUAGCAUCCAUGAAGGUGGCGAAGACGAAGCUCUUCACGGCGGAGACGACGGUGAAGUGGAAGAUGAAACCGAAACCCUAAUUUCAUCUUCUAGAAGCUUCUCAACGGAUUCGUCAACAGACUUCAACCCUCAGCUAGAAACCAUACGUGAGUGCGCGCCAAUUUCACUCUCGCAUCGCUACAAAUUCAACAAAAAGCGAAAUUCAUCAUCGAAACGCAGCAGCCGAGGCCAUGGAAACAGUGGCGGAGGAGGUGGAGGAGGAGGAAUGAUGAUGAUGAUGUGUAAAGGCAGUUCCGGUAUGUCGCCUGAAUGGGGAUCCCCGGCGAGGUUGUCAGUUUUUAAAAAGCUUAUACCUUGUAAAGUGGAGGGGAAGAUGAAGGAGAGCUUCGCAGUGGUGAAGAGAUCGGAGGAUCCAUUCGAAGAUUUCAAGAGAUCGAUGAUGGAGAUGAUAAUGGAGAAACAGAUGUUUGAGGAGACUGAUCUUGAGCAGCUUUUGCAGUGUUUCUUGUCGUUGAAUUCAAGGUUUCACCAUGGCGUGAUUGUGGAAGCUUUCUCGGAGAUCUGGGACACCAUGUUUGGUGAUGAUUGA